AUGUCCACAGAAGUGACAGAGCAAGAGCUCAUCAGAUAUAUAAGUGAAUUCAGUGAUAAGGUUAAACAACUCAAAGGUGAUUAUGUUGAAGAAGAGGGAAAAAUCAAUGGAGAAUCUACAAAUAGGGGAAACAAGUUGAAAUUUGGUUCAGCAAAAGUUCAUCGAGAUAGAAUCAAUGGAUACAACAAUGAUAAUGAUCCAUUAGAAGUUAUUCAUUAUAAUCGUUCAAAGAGAUCAGUUGUCAAGAAGAGAAGAAUAGAUACAUACAACUACAACUAUAACCCAGAUGCAUCUUCAACCUUGAGUGGAACUAACAUUGAUGUUUACGAAGGUCAGGGUGAACAAGACGAGGAUGACCCUUAUGCACAAAUUGACAUUGAAAAGAUAUUAUCACCAAUAACACACCCUUCUGAUGUCGUCACUCGUCCUUCAAUUGCACGAACUUAUAGAUCCAAUGUCAUGAAGCAUCUAGCUCAACAAGCUAUAGAGACCAUUGAAAAGGAACAAAAUACUGUUAUUCAACUAUCUAAACUAUUUGAUAUACUCCUCGGUGAAGAUUCAAACCAGUUGUUGGAGAAUGAAUUACAUCUACCUGAAUAUGAUCAUAACUUGGUGGAUAAAAGAUUGGAUAAAACUAGUCAUAAUGGUAAAGAUCAUCAAGAUGAAUCUUCUAACACAACAACAGAUUUCGAUAAAAGAGUUACAAGAAGACAAUCAACACAAGAGGUUGAUCCAUUUUUUGCAUUACCAACUAUGAAGAUUGAUACCAAUUUUGGUUUGAGUCCAGAAGUUGCAGAUGAAGCUAGACAAUUGUCUCAAAUCUCAUUACAAAGGAGUGAAGAGUUUAUUAGAAACUUGACAAGUUUAAGAAAUGGAUUAGCAAGAGCACAAACUUUGAAAGAAAAGUUGUAUCAAUGGGGUAAAGAAAUUAAUGGUGAUCCAGAUGAAAGUGAUAUUUAUCAAGCUGAAAAGGAAGCUGCUGCUAAGGCUGCUGCAGAAGCUGGUACAGCUAAUCAAUCUGGUGCAUCAGGCUCAAAUACGAAUAAUGCUGGCUCUGGUGCCUCAAGUGUUGCUGGUACAGCUACGCCAGAAGUUAGAAAUAGUAAUGGUAGAGGUAGAAGGGUAUGA